AUGCGAGUGGGAGAGAAUCAAAGUAGAAGGUAAAGAAAAACAAGUAGCGAAUCAAUCCACCGGAUUUCCAUUUCCAUUUCCAUUCGGUGUUUAUGUUUUGAAGAACCGAUCGUCUUCGUUCGUCAGUAAUCGUCAGAUCUCCAUUUUUUUAGAGAGCGCCAAUGCCUGUGGAUGUGAACGGAAGCAGCACGGCGUCGGGGGCCGCCUCCAUGGGUAUGGCGGAGGCGCAGUACCAGAAGGCCAAAACGUCCGUGUGGUGGGACAUAGAGAACUGCCAGGUUCCCAAGGUCUGCGAUGUCCACGCCAUCGCCCAGAACAUCAGUUCCGCCCUCGUGAAUAUGAAUUAUUGUGGACCCGUCUCCAUCAGCGCCUACGGCGACACGCAUGGCAUCCCUGCUUCAGUUCAGCAAGCCCUCUCCAGCACCGGCAUCGCACUCAACCACGUCCCCGCCGGUGUGAAAGAUGCAAGUGAUAAGAAGAUUCUAGUCGAUAUGUUGUUCUGGGCAGUAGAUAACCCUGCACCAGCAAACUACCUGCUCAUUUCUGGAGACAGGGAUUUCUCCAAUGCUCUACACCAGUUGCGCAUGAGAAGAUAUAAUAUUCUUCUGGCACAACCACAUAAGGCUUCCGCACCCCUCAUCGCUGCAGCAAAAAGUGUAUGGCUUUGGACGAGCCUCUCAGCUGGAGGGCCCCCACUUUCAAGCGGGGAAUCAUCUCAGCUUGCAAAUGGUAACAAUUCUUAUAACUCUGAAAUGCGGCAGCAUUCCAUGCCUGAAAUAAACCCGCCUCCAGUUUAUUUUGAACAUCCUGUGGGAAAUCAAAAGCCUUCUACCAACGGAAGGGCUGGUGAUACUAAAAACAAGGGGAAAGUCAAUCGGAAAAACCCAAAUCAACCCUACACAUCAAGAGUCUCAAGUAUGCCAGUUGGGAACCAAGAUGACAAGAAUACUGAUUACUCUUACCAGUCGGAACAUACACAGGCAAAUCAGUUUAAGAAAGCUCCACACGAAUUAUUUGGUUCUGGUGAGACUUCAGUCUCCACAAGUAGGUCCAGUCCCGUUUUCUUCCAUGGAAAUUCUGAUCCUUCAGGCGGUAAUGGCAAUAAUUUCCUAGGUCAACCAAAUCAGUAUCCUCCUUCUUCGAGGCCAAACAACUUCCACAUGCAACCUAAUUAUUUUGGACCAGAUACUAUGCUCCCUCCUGAUUCUCAUAGUCAUAGUUUUCGACCCAUUCCUCCCAGACCUGAUGGCCCUAGAUUUUCUUCAGCCCCACCUACAAAUGUGCCUGACAUGAGUAACCUAAAUAUCCGUGAGUAUAACAACUAUGCUCAAAAUCCACAAAGGUUCCCUCAUCGAAAUGGGGAAGAGUUUAGAAGACCAAGGUCUAGCGAUUCACUGAAUUCAGCUAGCUUAAAUGUGCCUCAUAAAGGCCAUCAUAUGCAGAGUGGCCAGGUGUUUCAUCAUGAUUCCAUGAACAACAGAUAUCCUCAUGGUUCUGAGUAUCAGCCUCCUCAAUCCUCCCCUGCUGUUGGAAACAACAUACCUGGUAAUGGUACUUGGGGAGCUCAAGGCUGCACACCACCAUCUGAACAUGUUCAAGGCCUUAUUGGCGUUAUUUUACUAUCUUUGAACACCCUGAAAGUUGAAAAAAUUAUGCCGACUGAAGCAAACAUUAUCGAUUGCAUUCGUUAUGGUGAUCUGAAACACCGCAAUACCGAUGUAAGGAAGGCCUUGGAUUACGCAAUAGAGCAACAUAUGGUAGUGAAGCAGAGACUGGGUGCACUUCAGUUUUAUGUUGGUAAGAAUGAGAAAUUAUGGAAGUGUGUGAACCCUAUAGGGGGCAAUCUUAAUCAUUACUCUAAAGCAACAUGGGAUCGGAUACAGAACUUUCUGAGUUCCUCAGAUGGACGAUCGGCAUUAAUGGCUUCUCAAUGCAGAUAUGAGGCAGCUAUUAUUUUGAGAAAAGCAUGCUCAGAAGAGCUUGCUUUGGGCAGUGUACUUCAGAUCUUGAAUAUGGUAGUCAGCAUGAAGAAAUGGAUCAUUCAUCAUCAAUCUGGAUGGCAACCGAUUACUAUUACCCUAGACUAAAGCUGAAACAACUGCCGAAACUGGUAGUUGUUUUAGUCAACAACACUCUAAAUUGCAGAGAAGUGGCUUUAAGAUGGUUACAUCUGCAACAAUAUUAUCAGUUUAUCGGACCUUGACCAACUGGGUUUACUUUUGAAACAAAAUACAGUUACUAGAGUAUCUAAAAAACUAGGGGGAUGGAAACCUUUACAUUGUGAUCCAAGUCAUCCCCUGCCCCUGCCCCGCCCCUCGGCUUCUCCUUUUUUAUUUCUUGUUCUUGUUCUUCUUCCGUUUCUUUUUCUUUUUCUUUUGUCCUCUCUGGGGUACUUUAGGAGCUUCUAAGGAAUAGGUAAAAAUGCUUCUAACACAAGACCUAUUAUGCUAUCAAAGUUCUUGCGAGCUGCCUAUUUGAGAAGUUGAUUGUACCAGCAUUGUGAGGCUUUUUGUCCAUUACAAAUCAAUGGAUCGUUCUGCCUAAACCCUUCCUUGUAAGUGACGAAGUAUAUCAGGAACAGCAUCUGGAAGUGGUAGUAUCAUGUUUCAGCAUAUGAGUGCAUAUGCAAGAUUAUAUAGCUGUGGAUAAGUUUGAGCAUGUUUUACAAUGAUCAGGGAUUACGGGAUUAUGUUCUGGACAUUAUUAUUCAACUGUCCGUGCUGAUGAGCUCCAUUGAAGACUGUCAUUAUCAGGUACGUAAAACCAAGUGGAUGUGGUUCGAUGUUGUACUGGACAUUAUUAGUUGAUGCGAAGACACGUUGGCAGUGGAAAGAUUGAAGCAACUUCGGACAUUGGAACAGCAAUUGGAAGUGUGCACAUUUAAGAAAGUGUCUUGGGUUCAGAAGGAUGCCAAGGUAAGCCAUACGUACCUGCAAUUGCAUGCACGUAGGAGGGAUGCGAUUUCUGGAACCUGGUAUGGCAAUAAUAUACAUGCUUGGAUGUUGCAGAGAACGCAAAAUUUAGAUCGUAUCCUAUGCGACGCUGUAUGUUUUGAAAUAUAUUCUAGGAGAAUAGAGUUGUAUAAUAUAACUACUUGUGUUCAUCCUUUAUGUUUGUUGUCUGCAACUCGAGCUUUCAUUCGUUGGAGUUCAGACUGAACUGUUAAGUUUGGAUUGCUCCUGGAGCUCAACUCAGAAAUAAUGCUGUGUUAAAUAUGUGUAAGCCCCCAUGAUUUCGGUUUGGUUCCCUUUGUAGAUUGAUCAUAUCAACUGAGUUUUCGCCGGAAAAUUGCUGUGCCGGUAGCUUGGACUUGUAUCUUUAAACCUAAGAUUGUGGCUCAAGUUAGGGACCCAUGAGUCUCUCCUGGCUUCGUCCCUCACGAAUCACAAGUACGUCGGAGAAAUUGUGUACUAUAAUGUUUUAGUGAUAUGGCGACAAGUUAACGUGUGGUAAGAACGUGACGUA